UAGUCAGCAGCAAAAGUAACAUCUCUAGCAUCCGUCAUAGUAAAAUUUUCAUUUUAUUAGUUUUAAUGAAAUAACGCAGAAAUAUGCCUGAGUUUGACGCAGAAACGGUGCUGUUUAGCAUUUUGGCUUUGGUCGUAAUCGAGAAUGCGCUGGAGAUCUACAUAUCGCUGCGUCAGGUGAAAGUCUAUCGCACUGCACUGAAGGUGCCGGCGGAGCUGACGUCACACAUGGGCGAGGAGACGUUCCACAAGGCUCGCAAAUAUGGUUUGGAUCAGGAGAACUUUGGGAUCUUCAAGGCGGCGGUCAUGGACGUGGGCCUGUUUUGCAUGGAACUGUACAUUGGACUGAUUGCCUUGAUCUGGCAGCUGUCGGUGGAGGUGGUGGAGCAUUUAAAUUGGGAUUCCAGCAACGAGAUCAUUGUAAGCUGCGUUUUCGUACUGAUCUCGAACGUGUUGAGCACGUUUAAGGGGCUUCCGUUCAAGAUCUACAAGACCUUUGUACUGGAGGAGACACACGGCUUCAACAAGCAGACGGCGCGCUUUUUUGCAUGGGAUCAGCUGAAGGGCUUCCUUGUCACCCAGGUACUGAUGAUUCCCAUCACGGCUGCCAUCAUUUUUAUUGUACAGCGCGGUGGCGACAACUUCUUCAUCUGGCUGUGGAUCUUCACCGGCAUCAUUUCGCUUGUCCUUCUCACUGUGUAUCCGAUUUUCAUUGCUCCCCUGUUUGACAAGUAUACGCCGCUGGAGAAGGGCCCCUUGAGGCAGUCUAUUGAAGAUCUGGCCGCCUCGCUCAAGUUCCCGCUCACGAAGCUCUUUGUGGUGGAGGGAUCGAAACGCUCAUCGCACAGCAACGCCUACUUCUACGGACUGUGGAACUCCAAGAGGAUCGUGCUCUUCGACACUCUGCUACUCAACAAGGGCAAAGCUGAUGACUCUGAGCUCUCCGAUGAUGAGAAGGGCAAGGGCUGCACGGACGAGGAGGUUCUGGCUGUUUUGGGACACGAACUGGGCCACUGGAAACUUGGUCAUGUGACCAAAAACAUCAUUAUCAUGCAGAUCCACUUGUUCCUGAUGUUCCUUGUCUUCGGGAAUGUCUUCAAGUAUCCACCGUUUUACGUGGCGGUGGGAUUCGCUCCCGGUACUCGGCCCAUUUUGGUGGGCUUGCUGGUUGUUUUCACCUACGUUCUUGCCCCCUACAAUGCAAUCAUGAGCUUUGCCCUGACGAUCUUGUCCCGUCGGUUCGAAUAUCAGGCCGAUGAGUUUGCCUUCAAGCUGGGCUUCGCAGAGCAGCUGGGCCAGGCACUCAUCAAGCUGAACGUGGACAACUUGGGCUUUCCCGUCUAUGACUGGCUGUAUUCCACCUGGAACCACUCGCAUCCCACUCUGCUGCAGCGGCUGAAUCGUCUGAAAGAGCUUGACGAAAGCAAGAAAUUGAAUUAGGAACGCUUACAUCACCAUCGAGACCAAAGUUUACAAUGUUCCCUUUUAUUUUACUUAAAAAAUAAAGUCGGGGGAC